CACGAUCAACCAGUCAAUCAUCAAAUUAUCACAAUCAUCUGCCAUCACAUCCUGAGUCUCAGUCGACCAUUGAGCGAUACAUUUCAGCUGCGUCCUCUCCUCAGCUGCACAACACCCGAGACAACAUCAUACUCGAUAACAAUCCACCGCCCAUCACAUACGUGCUUCGUCAUCGGCAUCUCCUACAAUCAUGCCUUCGGCAACAGGCUCGAAUUGGGAGAAAUACCAGAAGAAGUUUGCCGACGAUGAAGUUGAAGAGAAGAAGAUCACACCGCUAUCAGAUGAGGAUAUCCAAGUCCUCAAAACAUACAACUCCGCACCCUACGCCACCGCCCUGAAACAACUCGAGAAAAACAUCAAGGACAAGCAAACAUCCGUGAACGAGAAGAUCGGCGUGAAGGAAUCAGACACCGGUCUCGCACCGCCACAUCUCUGGGACAUCGCCGCCGACCGACAACGCAUGAGCGAGGAGCAGCCACUACAAGUUGCCCGAUGCACGAAGAUCAUUCCGGACGAGAACAGCGAAAAGAGCAAGUAUGUCAUCAAUGUCAAACAAAUCGCAAAGUUUGUGGUGAACCUGGGCGAGCGCGUCAGUCCGACGGAUAUCGAGGAAGGCAUGCGUGUGGGAGUCGACCGGAACAAGUACCAGAUCAUGCUUCCGCUGCCGCCCAAGAUUGAUCCCAGUGUCACGAUGAUGACUGUCGAGGACAAGCCGGAUGUGACAUAUGGAGAUGUGGGAGGCUGCAAAGAGCAGAUCGAGAAGCUGCGUGAGGUCGUGGAGAUGCCACUUUUGUCUCCAGAGCGGUUCGUCAACCUUGGUAUCGAUCCACCCAAGGGCGCGCUUCUGUACGGACCUCCGGGAACUGGUAAGACUCUUUGCGCCAGAGCCGUAGCCAACAGGACAGAUGCGACCUUCAUUCGUGUGAUUGGCUCCGAGCUCGUGCAGAAGUACGUCGGAGAAGGAGCAAGAAUGGUACGUGAGCUGUUCGAGAUGGCCCGGACGAAGAAGGCGUGUAUCAUUUUCUUCGACGAGAUUGAUGCCGUGGGUGGCGCACGUUUCGACGACGGUGCAGGUGGAGACAACGAAGUACAGCGGACUAUGCUGGAACUCAUCACACAAUUGGACGGCUUCGACAGCAGAGGCAACAUCAAGGUCAUGUUCGCUACCAACAGGCCAAGCACUCUCGACCCUGCCCUCAUGCGACCUGGUCGAAUAGACAGGAAGAUCGAGUUCUCCCUACCGGAUAUGGAAGGUCGAGCCAACAUUCUUCGCAUUCACGCCAAGUCCAUGUCUGUGGAGCGCGACAUCCGUUGGGAGCUGAUCUCACGUCUCUGCCCGAACUCGACCGGUGCCGAGCUGCGGUCAGUGGCAACGGAGGCGGGCAUGUUUGCCAUUCGCGCACGGAGGAAGGUUGCGAGCGAGAAAGACUUCCUGAGUGCUGUUGAGAAGGUCAUCAGAGGCGGCAUGAAGUUCAACUCGACCGCGGCCUAUGCGCAAUACAACUAGGGCACAUCGUGUCUAUCAAGCAUGUGUGUUGCAGCGCGGCGUUCUUGUCUUAGUAGGAUCGGAGCUCCAAUAGGGCUUUGUACCAACACGAAUCGAAUC